AUGUCUCUGCCAGAAGAGAGCAAGUAUUGUAAGUUGAACCCUCAUUCGGCUGUUAGAGAUAAGGGACGAGGAUACGGGCAGAUAAAGGAACAAAGCUUGGACUUCUCAUGCAGGCAACAAUCGCCAGCUGAUAUCAGGAUCGUGAUUCGGCCCGCGGUUACAUUCAAGACGCAAUUUAAUAUUUAUUAUUCUUCCAACCGACUGCUUCUGGAACGCUUUUUUGAAGGACUCCCUGCUUCCUCAUCCGUUUGA